AUGGUACCUGAUAUCCGCAUGGAGGCGUUCUCCGAGGCGGUGCGCGAGUGGCAGGCGCUGCUGCGCGAGGCGGGCGAGGUCUUCGUGGCCAAGCACCUGGACGCCGCCAUGCAACUGGCCGUGGCGCUUCAGUGCGAGCAGGACGCAGAGGCGGAGCGCGCCGCCGCGGCCGUCAGCGGCGCCGAGCUGAGGGACUUCCUGGCCCUGGCCAUGCUGCUGCGGCGUCUGCUGGAGGCGGCCGUGCGCGGCCACAUGACGUUCCUGCUGCCUGCAGCGGAGAAGAGGACGGAGCUCAAGACGGAGCUGGCGAGGCAGCAGGCGCUCGUUGAGAGUCUGCCGGACGCCUUCCAGCUGCGCUGCCGGCAGCUACUGGAGCGUCACUGGGCGACGCUCACGCAGGCCGCCGAGACGACCAACUUCUCGCUGCCGAGGGUGCAGCAGCUGCACUGGAAGGUGGCAACGGGAGACGACGCUGGACGCCGCAUCCUCGUGCGACUGCAGACGUCGGACGGCAAGACGCGGACGAUUCACGUGCCACUCCGACAGUUCCACCAGCUACGCCACAGCGCGGCCACGGUGCUGCAGGAGAUGAACCAGGUGGAGGCGCACCCGAUGAUGCGGCUCGCCUACAUGGAGCAGAGCCGGCGGGCGGACACCACUUCGGUCUCGACGGCAGUAGGGGCGAGCGUACCGUGA